CCUCCCAAGCCUGGGGCUCGCCGCGUAGCACAGUCCUCCGCCUUCCUUGCCUUCUCUUUCCCUUCCUUCCUUCCCUCCUUCCUUCCUUCCGCCGGGCGCGAUGGAGCGGGGGAGCCGGGCGGCCGUGGCGCUGCUUGCGCUGCUGUGCGCGGGCUAUGUGCCGCGCUGCGGGCGCGCCCAGUACGAGCGCUACAGCUUCCGCAGCUUCCCGCGGGACGAGCUGAUGCCGCUCGAGUCGGCCUACCGGCACGCGCUGGACCAGUACAGCGGCGAGCACUGGGCGGAGAGCGUGGGCUACCUGGAGAUCAGCCUGCGGCUGCACCGCCUGCUACGCGACAGCGAGGCCUUCUGCCACCGCAACUGCAGCGCGGUGCCCCAGCCCGAGCCCGCCGCCGGCCUCGCCCACUACCCCGAGCUGCGCCUCUUCGGGGGCCUGCUGCGCCGCGCGCACUGCCUCAAGCGCUGCAAGCAGGGCCUGCCAGCCUUCCGCCAGUCCCAGCCCAGCCGCGAAGUGCUGGCCGACUUCCAGCGCCGUGAGCCCUACAAGUUCCUGCAGUUCGCCUACUUCAAGGCGAAUAAUCUUCCAAAAGCCAUUGCUGCCGCUCACACCUUUCUACUGAAGCACCCCGAUGACGAAAUGAUGAAGAGAAACAUGGCGUAUUACAAGAGCUUGCCUGAUGCCGAGGACUACAUUAAGGACUUGGAAACAAAGUCAUACGAGAGCCUGUUCAUCCGGGCCGUGCGGGCCUACAAUGGCGAGAACUGGAGGACAUCCGUCACAGACAUGGAGCUGGCCCUUCCCGAUUUCUUCAAAGCCUUUUACGAGUGUCUCGCUGCCUGCGAGGGCUCCAGGGAGAUCAAGGACUUCAAGGAUUUCUAUCUUUCCAUCGCAGAUCAUUAUGUGGAGGUCCUGGAAUGCAAACUACAGUGUGAAAAGAACCUCACGCCUGUUAUAGGAGGCUACCCAGUGGAGAAAUUUGUGGCCACCAUGUAUCAUUACUUGCAGUUUGCUUACUAUAAAUUGAACGACCUGAAGAACGCGGCCCCCUGCGCGGUCAGCUACCUGCUCUUUGACCACGACGACAAGGUCAUGCGGCAGAACCUGGUGUAUUACCAGUACCACAGGGACAAGUGGGGCCUCGCAGAUGAGCAUUUCCAGCCCAGACCAGAAGCCGUUCAGUUCUUUAAUGUGACUACACUCCAGAAAGAGCUGUAUGACUUUGCGAAGGAAAAUAUAAUGGAUGAUGAUGAGGGAGAGGUUCUGGAAUAUGUGGAUGACCUCUUGGAGCUGGAGGAGACUGGCUAGUCCACAGCGGAGAGAUGCCUCUCGAUGUUCAGGAGACCCAGAUUCGUCUUCCUUACCCCAGUAGCCCUUGUUGUUGAUACCUCAAAGCCUUCUCUUUGCUCUGUGAAGUGAAAGGGAAGCCUCAGCUCUCACAACAUACAAUAAGGGGUGAACCUGCCUUCCCUGUGACUGCCUCCCCAUGGUCUGCCUCCCCAUGGUCUACCUACAUCCACACCUAUCUCCCUCCCUAUCUUCAAACCUGCCUUGUCCACGUUCACGCCCACCUUUCUCACCGUUUUCGUUGGAAGGACAGUCUUCCAUUUUUCCCCCCCAGAAAAUCACUAUUAUUUUUUAAAUAAGAAAAAUACUCCUAAAAUUAAGUAAUUGUGAAGACCUACUUUGGGUUUUCGCUCUUCCAGAUUUUGGACUCCUUUAUCCCCAUGCCCUGAUCCAGAAAAGAUAAGCAGACAACAAGGGCCAAAUUCCUCCACGCCCCCGACAGCCUACACAUGGUCUGACCUGCACCAUUUCCGGCCCCCACUGAAAGACAGUUUGGGUAGAUAGUGCAGGCUACAGAAAUAGGGCUUUUGCUCAACACUUCUGCCUGUCCGACGUCUUACAAUGGUUGGUCGGUCCCCCAUGGGGAAAAUAGUCAGUUACAAGUCUCAAAUUUCGAAUGCAAGAAAGCAGAGGGAGUCUAGUUUCAUUCAUUCUUUCAAUAAAUAUUUAUUGAGCACCUGCCUACAUGCUAGACAUUGACCUGGGCACUGGAAAUGCUGUACAGAAUGACAGAAAAAAACCCAAAACCAAACCCUGCCCUCUGGAGCCUACAUUCUAUAAGGAGAGACAGACAACAAAUAAAUAAGAAUAAAUAUA